AUGCCUUUACCACCAGCCUUGAUGGCACGUCUUAAAAGACGUGGUAUUAUACAAGAAGAUGCAAAUGAAGAAGUCAUAGCGGAAAAUUACGACGCCGAAGCAACUUCUGUGCCCCAAAAAUCUACCCGUUCGGGUAAGGACACAAAUGCUUCGGGUGCAGUGGGUUGCCCAAACAAAUAUAAUCCAUAUCAUUAUUGCGUGCAGUUUUGCUACGAUCAUUGGAAAGACGGAACGAGUGAAAAUUCGUUGCCGAAGGCAUAUACAGAAGAACGUUUGAAGAUUUUGAAAAAAUAUCCACUACCUAGUGGCUGGAAAGAAGUGUAUGAUCCGGGCUGUGCACGUCACUAUUAUUGGUAUCCGAGAACGGACGAAGUUUCAUGGUUACCGCCUCGUCAUCCGCUAGCGGUGAUUGGUGAUGCGGCGCCGAAAGUUUCAAAAGAUCUAUUCGAAAAACGUGAAAAUACGAAUGGUGUGGGCGUUGAUAUGGACAACAAAGAAAUUGGUGGUGAUCGUGAGCGCAGAAUGGACGAAAAUGAAGUGGAAAAGAAUUCACUGAAUGAAAAAGAGGGGGGAUCGUACCGCCGAGAUGAAAUGACGAAACGUGACGUUACUAUUGAUCGUUUAAAACAACGCAAGCGGAAAGGUUUCGAAGAUGAUGGCGAUAAGUUGUCGAUGACAACUAAAUCAAAUAGUGAUGAUGAACGAAGGCCUGAAUUGAAUGAACGUGAUAAAUUAAGACGUGCUAAACGUAAGGGCAUCGACCCAAUGGAUCCGGCAGCUUAUGGUGAUAAUGUUCCGGUGGGAAAAUGGAGUUCUGGUUUGCAUGCACACGAUCGAACUGGCGCAGACGUGACGGCAAGCGGACCACUUUUCCAGCAAAGGCCAUAUCCGGCACCCGGAGCGGUUCUGAGAAGACAGCAACAGGAUCAAACGGAUCAGUAA